CCCUUACGGACAAUUUGUACACAACUGUAGAAAGAAGAAAGUUCCAUCCGACGAGUUUUAGUUUUCACAACAUAUUCUUCUAAAAAGUUCCCCUGGAUCUUUCAGCAAUUUAGUGAAACCCGUCUAUUGAUCAUCUGAUGUGUUGGUUAACUUAUUUUAGAUAGCUGUGAAGCAGCUCUGUGCUUUGAGCUGUAGGCAAUCCUCACUUUUCAGACAUGUCCAUGAAAGUCCCAGAAGAGUUGGGUGCCGUCACGAUGAAAAUGGAUGGUGUCAAGUCAGUUAAUCCACUUGUGGAGAGAUCCCCGUCACCUGCCUGCCUAGCCUAUACAUCUGAAAAGCACCCUAGGGCCUGCCUUGCAGAAAUUAAUCUGCUUAGAAGUCACAGAGAGCUAUGCGAUGUUGUAUUAAAUGUAGGCAUCAGGAAGAUCUUUGCUCAUAGAGUUAUACUGUCAGCGUGUAGCCCAUAUUUUAGAGCAAUGUUUACUGGAGAGCUGGCUGAAUCCAGGCAAACUGAAGUGACCAUCCGUGACAUUGAUGAACAGGCCAUGGAGUUAUUAAUAGAUUUUUGCUACACUUCCUACAUUCUGGUGGAGGAGACAAAUGUGCAGACACUACUCCCUGCUGCCUGUUUGUUGCAGUUGCAAGAAAUACAGGAUGUGUGUUGUGAAUUCCUCAAGAGGCAACUUGAUCCCUCCAACUGCCUUGGUAUCAGGGCCUUUGCAGACACCCAUUCUUGCAGAGAACUGUUGAGGAUUGCUGAUAAAUUUACUCAACACAAUUUCCAAGAAGUAACAGAAAGUGAGGAGUUUCUCCUUCUGCCUGUGAAUCAGCUUAUUGACAUCAUAUCUAGUGAUGAACUCAAUGUCAGAUCUGAGGAACAAGUCUUUAAUGCAGUUCUUGCCUGGGUUAAAUACAAUGUCGCCGAACGAAGGGGUCAUUUGCCCCAGGUUUUACAGCACGUCCGGUUGCCUCUUCUUAGUCCAAAAUUCUUAGUGGGAACCGUGGGCUCUGAUCUGCUUAUUAAGAGCGACGAGGCUUGUAGAGACCUGGUAGACGAGGCCAAAAAUUAUCUGUUGUUACCACAAGAGCGACCAUUGAUGCAAGGCCCUAGAACGAGACCAAGGAAGCCCGUCCGAAGAGGCGAAGUCUUAUUCGCUGUUGGCGGCUGGUGCAGUGGAGACGCCAUCGCCUCGGUCGAGCGUUACGAUCCGCAGACGGGCGAGUGGAAGUUAGUUGCGCCAAUGUCCAAGCGACGAUGCGGCGUUGGUGUUGCUGUUCUAAGCGACUUGCUUUACGCCGUUGGCGGUCAUGACGGUCAGUCUUAUCUGAAUAGCAUUGAACGCUACGAUCCUCAGACCAACUUAUGGUCGUCAGAGGUAGCGCCCACGUCUACAUGCCGAACGAGUGUCGGUGUGGCUGUCCUCGAUGGUUAUCUGUAUGCCGUUGGCGGCCAGGAUGGCGUCAGUUGUCUCAAUUAUGUUGAACGCUACGAUCCAAAAGAAAACAAAUGGAGCAAAGUCGCCUCGAUGAACACUCGCCGAUUAGGUGUAGCUGUCGCUGUAUUGGGCGGAUAUUUGUACGCUGUUGGUGGAUCGGACGGCCAGAUGCCUCUUAACACCGUUGAAAGAUAUGAUCCACGCCAGAACAAGUGGACUUUGGUUGCCCCAAUGUCAACAAGGAGAAAGCACUUGGGUUGCGCCGUGUACAAUAAUUGGAUCUAUGCUGUAGGUGGGCGAGACGACGCUACUGAGCUCUCGUCAGCUGAACGAUACAAUCCAAAUACCAACACCUGGAGUCCAAUAGUGGCAAUGAGCUCAAGAAGGAGUGGCGUUGGACUUGCCGUGGUCAAUGGGCAACUAUACGCUGUAGGCGGUUUUGACGGCUCGACUUACUUGAAGACGAUCGAAGUCUACGAUCCGGAGCAGAAUCAAUGGCGCCUGUGUGGCACCAUGAACUAUCGGCGGCUCGGCGGUGGUGUAGGCGUUGUCAAAAUGCCUCAACACGAGACUCACUUGUGGAUAAGAACUACUUCACAGUCUGCCCCUGCAUUUAUUUCUGCAUCUCCUCCAGGAUUUGUCAGUCUUGAAGAAAUUAUGAAAGCGGCCAACAGUGUUUCAAAGAUGGCACUAGCUCAUGAUAUAGCUGUUGAUGACGAUUUCCAUUUAGAAAAGGUGGAUUUGCCAAAUGGAAGUAUUCAGAAAACAAUUAAAGAUAUUGCACACAAAGCCUUUUGGGAUUUGCUCAAAGAAGAGUUUGAAGAGGAUCCUCCAAAAUAUGAUAGAGCUCUUACACUGCUUGAAGAAAUUAAAGAAUGGUUGCUGUCAUUGCUGUUACCCCAUCAGACUAGAACUCAACAAGAAAUCAAGGAUAAGUUAGACACUGAUCUGAUAAGGCAACAGAUUGAAGCUGAAACUCUGGAUUUACAUAGCUAUUCUCAAUAUAUUAUAUCACUUAUGGCAAAACUAUGUGCUCCUGGACGUGAUGAAAAAAUCAGGGAAUUAACAGCCAUGCGAGAUAUCGUCCCACUUUACAAAGGCAUUUUCGAGACAUUGGAGUUGAUGCGAAUUGACAUGGCGAAUUUCACGAUCCGCAUGUCCCGUCCACACAUCGCAGCCUGUAGUGUAGAAUAUGAAAGAAGUAAAUUCGAAGAUUAUCUCAAGAUAACCCCUGAUGGAUUACGACACACCCGAGAAUGGCUUCAUCGCAAUCGAAAAGAAACUUCGCAGUCUUCAGCCAAUCCCACAAGUGUCCAAAUUAUACCGUCUAUUUUGGUCGAUGCCUUCAUGGAAUUGCUCUGCUGGGAUGACAGCCAUUCGUGGCCUGAAACUGUAGCGGUUGAUGAACAGCGAUUUUCAGAAAUGCGGCAGAAACUAAAGGGCAUUCAGAUCUUGAGUUCAGUCAUUCUGGUUUCAUUGAAUCGCGAUAUCGGUUUGCAGCAAACGUCUCCAGAAUUUCGCAACACUGUUAAAGAACAUGCCGCUGUUGUGCUUGGCAAUGCCAGAUCUCCGACGGAGCUGGAGAAUGUGUUACCUAAUGUAGGUGCUCAGGUUGUGGAGGAUAUUAACAAAGCUCUGAAAAGUCAAGGAACUCCUGAACUUUCAGAAGACACAAAGAAACUGAUUAAUGCUGAAAUAAUGGCCCUUCGUGAUCCAGGGAAUCGAGUGAUGGAGAUCAUACAUUCUCGUAUUAUGGAUUUCUUGAAACAAGUUAUCAGCAAUGAAGUGGCACGUCCUACCCAAAUCCCGAUGGGACUUUCUUUGUUCAAAUCUGAGAUUGCCGGGGUGGCUGGACGUUUUGCGCGUCUUGUGUCUCACAAUCGUGCUGUCUUUGCCCAACAUUACGCAAACUUAAUUCAAGACCAGGCUUAAAAUGGUUGGUCAAAGUGUUAUCCCCCCUUCCCUUUGAGCAGAGAGGCCUUUUGAAAUGAGACCGGAAUCGGUAAAUUCUUCCUAAAAUUGUUGGACAUGUUUUCCUUUUUCGUUUGUCAUCGAUCUAAAACCUAGGACUAACUCCCAAAAUUCAUUUAUUAGUUUAGAUAAAUGUGACGUUAAGCGCCACGAAUACGGUCUUUCUCUCGUCGGCUUUAGUCAAACUGCAACGAUUAGUAUGUCUAAAUACCUUCCAUAACAAAACUUUAAUUUUAAAGAACGAAGCAAAUAUUUUAACAGCUUCUUUCUCCUCAGUGUGUUGAAACGUGUGAGACAUUUUAACAUUGAAAAUUUGGAUUUAUUUUUGCCAAUAGCCCAAUACGAUGAAAUAAUUUCUGGUGUAAGAAUUAAUGCCGCAUGGACAGAGUUCUGUAUUUAACAAAUGUUUAAACGCAAAACAGUCGUUAAUAAGAACAUUUUGUACUUAA